AUGGAUGCCGCCAUUGACCUGUCCGAUGUCUCCAAGGCACUGGACCUUGCUAAUAUCCGCUUCCAGUUGAUUCGACUGGAGGACACAAUCACCUUCCAUCUGAUCGAGCGGGCCCAAUUCCCAUUGAACAAGACAAUCUACGCUCCCGGUGGCGUCAAGAUCCCCAAGAGCAACCUCAGUCUGCUGGACUACCUGCUCCGCGAACAAGAACGCAUCCAAUCCCGAGUGCGCCGCUACCAAUCGCCGGACGAAUAUCCGUUCUUCCCAGAUGUGCUCGAGGAACCGAUCCUGCAGCCGCUGGAAUACCCGCGCAUCCUGCACGAGAACGAUGUCUGCGUCAACGACGUAAUCAAGGAGCGGUACAUCAAGGAGGUGCUGCCGGCGGUGUGUCCCGAGUUUGGACGGGAGGACCGUGGCGAGACGCAGGAGAACUACGGCUCCGCGGCGACUUGCGACGUUGCUUGUUUGCAGGCGCUGUCGCGUCGCAUUCAUUUCGGAAAGUUCGUCGCUGAGUCCAAGUUCCAGAAGGAUCCUGAGACCUUUGUGCGUCUGAUCAAGGCCGAGGAUCGUGAGGGUAUUGAUGCUGCUAUUACCAAUUCUGCUGUUGAACAGAAGGUCCUUGAGCGCUUGGGUCUGAAGGCUAAGACCUAUGGCACCGAUCCUGCUUUCCCUGACGUGAAUGGUGCCAAGAUCAACGUCGAGGCGGUGGUUUCUAUGUACAAGGAAUGCGUCAUCCCGUUGACCAAGGUCGUUGAGGUUGAGUACCUCAUGCAGAGACUCAAGGGCACGCAAUGGGAGUGA